GCAUUGAGCCAAUUGAAGAGUGGUUUCAUUGUUCGAGCGUAUUUCGAAUUAUUCGUUCGAAUUUUCAGAUCAUAACGAGAGAUUUCGAAUACUUUCGCAUGUAUUAUGCAUUUCAUUUCACCGACACUGCAAUAUUAUGGGAAUCUAAAUAUAAAUCUAACUGCAACCAGGUGAAAUAUCUCAGUAUUCACCAGAACUCCUAAUUUCUAGAACGUGCAAGCGCGCUAUGUAAAGGUGUUUUUAUAUCUCGAAAUUGGCGAAUACAGUGGCAGGAAUCCAGAAAUUAGCAAAUUCACCGAAAUAAUACCACGAUUCAUCAUCUUUUUAGAUGAAUCAUUGCGAUAAGUGCGCAAAUGACGUAAAAUUUUACUUCUAGUGGUUGGCAGCCCUCGAUGAAGUCCUUUGAAGAAAGAAAAAUCCAUCAGGUUUGACAGAUAAUUACAAAUAUUUGGAAAACUCUAGAAAAAACAUUGGGAAAAAAUUAUCCAAAAUUUUCAGAAUGGAAAAAUACAAGGUGGAAUUGUACAUUUACGAUCUCUCCAUGGGAAUGGCUAAAACUUUAGCCCAAAUGUUCAUAGGAAGACCAUUGGAAGGUAUCUGGCAUACUUCUAUAGUUGUUUUCGGUAGGGAAUACCUAUUCAAUUCGAAUGGAGUUGAGAAUUGUAUCCCUGCAAGUACGCAUUUGGGAAAACCACUAAGAGUUGAGGUUUUAGGAUAUACCGAGGUGCCAUAUCAGGUGUUCUUAGAAUAUCUCAACAGUAUUUCUGAAUCCACAUAUACGGGAUCCACCUAUAAUCUUUUCACACACAAUUGUAAUAAUUUCUCCGAAGAAAUAGCCCAGUUCUUGGUAGGAAAAAGCAUACCUCAGUACAUUCUCGACCUACCUAAGGAAGUCUUGAACUCAAACCUCUCUCCACCCCUAUUGGCCCUGCUCAAUCAGCUGGAAAAAGGAGCACACGUUGGUGCUACUGGGCAGAGUACUAAAGAGGGCAGUCCCGAUUACCAGGAGUUGCAGUCUCAGAUAGAAGAAGCAAGGUAUCACUCUUUGUUACUUGAACUGAGAAGGAAAAGAUUAACGGAAAAAUUCUUUAAAAGGGAAAAAAAGAAGGCGAAAGAAAGAGAGAGAAGACGUAGAGAAGGUGAAGGAGGGACACAAGACGAAGAGAACACUAUGAGUGAGGCAGAACUGGUUAAUGGCAACAAUAAGGUUGCUUCCCCAACAGCUGAGCAACUGUUGGCUUUGGACGAAGAAGAGAGGCUGGAGGAGGAAGAACAGAAGAUUGACAAGAACCCCCCCAUCGUUUUUUCCGAUGCCGUUGAUGUCAAAGCGGAGUUUGACGCGUUGAUCAAUCUCAUAGAUGGAAAAAUAUCAACCGUUGAACAGGGUUGCAUGGAGGAACUGUCCGUUUAUAUGCUAGAAGGCGAAGGUUGUUGGGCGCUCAGCGAUAAUUUCUUAACGUUCGUUGGAAGAGUCUUCAACGACGCAGUUUUUCCCGUGGAAGCCAGGGUAAGGAUGACAAACAUCCUUGCAGCGGGAGCUCUGAAGAGCGACAUCAUUCUUCUUUUGCAUCAAGACAGGAAGGAUCACGUCCUUAUGAACUACGCCUUCGGAAUCGACAGGCUCAGUUUGGAGGAACAGCAGGCUCUCAGUCUCCUCAUCUGCAACCUGUUUUCCAACAUGAGCGCCUCCGAAUGGCUCUUGUACAUAUCCGAGUGGAAUCUGAACGGGCAGCAGACCAGCAACCUCAGGGUUACCACGAAAGUGAGCGUUCACUGCCUGUUGGCCGACGACAAGGUCCUGCAGGACAGGGGUACCGCCAUCAUCCACAACCUGGGUUGUAAGGAGGUAAAAACGGUGGUGUUUGACGACGUAGCGGUGGAGUUGGCCAUGGCGGUGUUACAGUUCUUCAAUUCUAAACCCUCAGAAGAACACCUGUUCAGGUGCAUGAAGGCGUUGGCUAAGUUUUCCCAAGUUUCGCGACAGGAAGUACCACAACUGAUCCAAAUGAUAGGACCGGAUCCGAAAAGCUUCGCAGGUACCAGCGAGAGAGUCGAUCAGCAGAUAGCGGAAAUCGGCACGGGUAGAAGAUCUUAAUGAAAUCUUGUUAAACGGACGAGGAAAUGUAAAAUUUCACCUAUAAAUUUUGAAAUACACCAAAUUAUAACCACGGAUACCUGUUUUUUAUUAUUGGCAUUUAUUGAAGGGAAUUUUUGAAGGAUUUUAUUGAUGCAAGUUUAUAUACCGAGUAUUUAUACGUUUCUUAUGAUAUUAUUUUGAUGUGUGUUUAUAAACUUGAUCUUUAAAGUGUAAAUAUUUGUAUGCUUGGCAAUUUUUGUAGUGUCUUCCUAUUGUAUUGUUACAAUAAAGAAAUACUAAGUA